CGGUGGGUCUGCACUAGCGGACAGACGCAGCCUAGCAGGCUCUCAAACCGCUUGCGUCCCUCAUGUCACACCGGACCUCGACCCGUGUCAGUAUUUCUAGAUUUAAAAAAAUAAAAUAGAAUAAAAAUAAUCAACUGUAUGUGACCCAGGACCGAGGACCGAAACAAUUUGCUGCAGGAUAUUUAACACGGUUACGUGUCUGCGCUUUGAUUUUUAGUUCCGGUGUGACUGAUGUCUCGCUGUCUUGCAAACUCCGCCCCGCCCUCCGGGUCAGCCUUACACAAGAAACUAACACGCCACACGAAACCGACCUCCGCACUGGUGCAACGGCCGGUGGAUCAUCAUCAUCAGCGGCAGCAGCAGCAGCAGCAGCAGCAGCAGCAGCAGAAGCAGAAGCGGAAGCGAUGGGGGUGACAAUUAGAGUCGAAUACUGUGGUGCAUGAGGAUACGCGCCCCGCUAUCAGGAGCUCGCCCUUGUUGUCAAGGGUGAGUUCCCCGAUGCGGACGUCUCGGGCUUCGUGGGAAGAUCAGGCAGCUUUGAGAUUGUAAUCAACGGGCAGCUGGUCUUCUCCAAGCUUGAGACUGGCGGCUUCCCAUAUGAGGAUGAUGUCAUGAAUGCAGUCCAGGAUGCCGUCGAUGGGAAACCUGUGCAGAAGAUCACCAAAAGCCGUGCGCCGUGCGUCAUCAUGUAAACCCCCCUCCGUCCUGCUUUAACACCAGCAGCAUGGAGACGGGCCGGUGCCACCUCCGGCUUACCCCACUCUUCCCCACACAGGCUUGCGACUUUCCCUGAUGCGGGUCGCCAGACUCUGCUCUGCCGUCUGGCUCCUCUCUCUGUUUCGAUAGUGGUUCUCCAGGCUGUUAAUGAUUACUAUGGCCUAAAAUGUGAACGGCUGUGGUAUGAUGAAUCCAUUCCUGGAAUUCCCUCCUCAUAGGAACGGAGACGGGGAGAAGAUGUCGCAGAAGGGUUGCCGGGGAGUUGGAGGGAGCUCACUUUUAUUUUCCGACAACCACAUUGCCUGGGAUUCUCCAACUGCCUCCUUUUUUUUUUGGUUUUUGUUUUGUUCUUCAAGUCUUUGUUUAUUCAUCUCACAUGCAAUUACCAAUUUUCAGUGAAUGCAAGGACAGUACAAAGCAGUUGCACUUACAUUUAAAGCUUAAGGGAGACUCGCGGUUUCUGUCUCUGCGCCGCUCUGUGCUGAAUAAGCUGUUAAAAAAGCAUUUUUAUGAGAGCGGAUAAUUAUUUCAAACACUGUUUACAAAACCAGGUGGUGGAUGGCGAAGCAAUGUAAUAUAAUUUUUGGUAGUUGAAUGCGACAUUACACUUACAGAAGUUUUCUGUUGUUAAUACAUAUCAAAUUGGAUUAUUUUAAAACCAUUUAAAUGAGUAGCUGUAUUGCUGCCUAGUAUCCUGUCUGAAUCCGCUGCUCUCCUGUGUUGUUGUUUUUUGUUUCCCCCCCCCCAUGUUAAGCUCCUCUGUUAUUUAAACUGGUCGGGUAUUAGAGCAAUCAUCAGCAGUGCUUCUGAAGACCACCACCCACUGGUCUGUCAGCUCUCACUAAUUGGAUGUCAGCUCAUUUUCCACGAAUCAUCCUGGUUUGUUAACUCCGAUUUCCAAACUGUAGACUUUAAAUAAAGGUAAUGGUUGUUUAA